UCAAUAAACUUACUUACCCACAAACGUUCCGUGUUUUUUUUUUUAGUAUCUACACUACACAGCUCAGUUUUCAGGAGCCUUUACAAGCACAAGAAAAACAAGACAAUAAUAUUUAGCCUAUACUUGCCAUUACUAGUUACAAAAUGAGAAGACGUGCGGGUGUUGGUGCUAUUCAGAGACAAAAGAUCCAGCAAGAUAAGUUUAAAGAGAAAGGGAGUGAAAUACAAGAAAAUCAAUUGGAACAGAUGACUCUUCAGAUGGAAAAAUUCCGUGAAAAGUUAGAAGAAUUUGCCGCCAAGCACAAGACUGAAAUCAAGAAAAAUCCUCAGUUUAGAAAGCAGUUCCAGGAAAUGUGUGCCUCUAUUGGUGUUGAUCCUCUUGCAUCUGGCAAAGGGUUUUGGUGCGAGAUGCUUGGUGUUGGUGACUUCUACUAUGAGUUGGGCGUGCAGAUUGUGGAACUGUGUGUUGCCACCAGUCACCGGAAUGGGGGCGUCAUCUCGCUGGAAGAGGCACUUAGGAGGCUUAAUCACAGGAGGAGACAAGACAACCAGAUUAGCACUGAUGAUUUAGUGAGAGCAGUAAAAAAAUUACGUGUACUUGGGUCAGGCAUGGAGGUGGUUGCUACAGGAUCCUCUCAGUUCAUAUACUCUAUUCCUGGUGAACUUUCAAUGGACCAUACCACUCUCCUACAGCAUGCAGAAAACGUUGGACACAUGACUGUCUCCUCUGCAGCAUCAAAUUUGGGCUGGACACAGGAACGUGUUGGACGUACAGUGGAUCACCUACUAAGAAUAGGUGUUGCUUGGCGGGAUGACCAGGAUCGUCCACCCACUUACUGGUUUCCUGCAUUUUUUCAGCAGUGCACAACAGCUGAAUAACGUGUAUUUAUAGAGCAGAUUACAUAAUGAUCCCUGAAUGUAUUCGCAUGUUAGCAUGUUGUCAGUUUCAUUAAUUAAGGGACAAAGUAUAUCAUCUCCUUAUUUCAUAUAUCUUUUUCAUGCUUCCUCUACUGAAGACUUUUCUUUCCCAAGGGGGUAGCCUUAUUUAGAUUCUUAUCCAGAAAUAACAGCUGCUUUUAAGUGUUAUAGAUUUUUCAAGAUAAAACUAUGCCUAAAAUCUCACAUGCCAGUCUGAAACAGUUAUCUCCUUUACUCUAAAGAGCAAAUGUGGGAAGAAUCAAUGAAGAGUGCCUUGACUGAUUAAAUGGGGAAAACAAUGCAAAAGAAAGUCAUUCCAAUGCCAGCUUGAGUGCACAGUAAUAUUUCAUGUACAAUACAAACCUACAUUCUUGUCAUUACACACCGGGUAUAUAUAAUACGAUAAUUAAUAGAAACAAUCAAUUGAGUCACUACAUAUAGCAUAGUGUCCAUGUUCAUGGUGCUCAUAUGCCUCUGGCAUUUUUAAUAAUCAUAUGAUGCCUUAUAUAUAUAGUUCCUCAUUAUUAUUACAUUCACUGAGGGGGAAGGGAGUGUUAAACCCACAGGGGUCAAACAGCACCUGGGGAAAUGGAAGGUAUUCAGGCUUGAUUCAAAAAAUUGAAGUAUUGAUUCAGUGCUUUAGAUCAAGAUCCUACGGGUUUAGCUCUCCCCAUAAUAAUAAUUUAGAUCAAAAGCCCCUCACCAGCAUCAAGGAACCUCCCUUGAGGAGAUCGUUCAACAGCAUCGUCUUACUUAGCAUAAGAGUACAAUAUUCAUGUCUUAUCUUAAUGGUAAAACAUAUUUCAAGAAGAUAACCAAUUUUAGAUGUUAAUGGCAGUUUUAACUCUGACUCUUGAUUUUGCCCUUGUUGUCCUGCAUUUUAGCUAGUAAUCCUUGCCAUAUCUUUUAAAUGUCUUAAGAUCCAUGAAUUAAAAAAUCUAUUGUCUUGGUAGCUACUAAAAGGAAAUCAGGGUAAGGCUGUAAUUAAACUAUCAAUUUUUUUCUUAGAGUAAUAGAAUUUAGGACUUCAAAAAAUGGUAUUUAAUGGUUUUAUAAAUGAAUCUGCCUACCUUCCUUGAGGAGGCCAGUUAUUAAGCACCAAAUCUCUAUUAGUUAAGAAUAAAUAUUAUAAAGAUUAAAACAGAUAACAUAUGUACUAAGUUACUGUAUUUUCUAGCAUAUAAGGCAUAUCCCAAUUUUGGCAGGCAAAAUAGAUACAGUACUUAAUGGUGGAAAUCCAAAGCUGACUGAAUAUUUGUAUGUGGCAAAGUCUACCAUUAAUAUUGCAUGAAGCAAUGAAGAUUAAUAUAUUAAAUGAGGAGUUAUUAAAAAUACUGAAGGAACUGAUAUUAAAACCAGACAAGAGAAUAAUCAUUAUAGCUGGGAAUUUUGAUUCCAAAGUAAAUUGGCAUGAGAUUUCAAAUGAAAUAUAGAUUAUUAUUAUUAUAAUCAAGGGGGAAGCACUAAACCCAUAGGAUUAUACAGCAUCUGUGGGGGGGAUGUGGAAGGUAUUCAGGCUUAAUUC